GAUAUGCAUGAAAAUGAUUUGAGAAUCUCUUUGAAGAUCUUUUACUCCAAAGCAAAUAGUUGGAGCAGAACUACUGAGCAAAAGCAGGCAUUGCAUCUUCAGUUGGCAUCAAGUUUGCAAUCAGAUUGGAAAAGUUUAACCCGAAGCUUCCUUGCCUGCAGUGAAGCAGAAAGAUACAUACUACUCAUAUAAUAAAAGACAUGGGCUUCAACCUGACUUUCCACCUUUCCUACAAAUUCCGAUUACUGUUGCUUUUAUCGUUAUGCGUGAUGGUGGUUGGGUGGGCCACCAGUAACUAUUUUGUGGGUGUUAUUCAAGAGAUUCCUAAAGCAAAGGAUUUCAUGUUUAAUUUCAAUAAGGCCCUAACUUUGGGGAAAGAAGAAACUAAAGAGACUAAAGAAGCAUCCGUGAAAAAGGUAGAACUUGACAUUUGCCCUUCUGUGUCUCCACACCUCAGAGGCCAGAGCAAGCUCAUUUUCAAACCAGAUCUCACUUGGGAAGAGGUGCAGGCAGAAAAUCCCAAAGUGCAGAGGGGCCGGUAUCACCCCGAGGAAUGCGAGGCUUUGCAGCGGGUGGCCAUCCUCAUCCCACACCGGAACAGAGAGAAACACCUGAUGUACCUGCUGGAGCAUCUGCAUCCCUUCCUGCAGAGGCAGCAGCUGGACUACGGCAUCUACAUCAUCCACCAGGCUGGAAAUAAAAAGUUUAAUCGAGCCAAACUGUUGAAUGUGGGCUACCUGGAAGCUCUAAAGGAAGAAAAUUGGGACUGCUUUAUAUUCCAUGAUGUGGACCUGGUGCCCGAGAACGACUUUAACAUUUACAAGUGUGAGGAUCAGCCCAGACACCUGGUCGUUGGCAGGAACAGUACUGGGUACAGGUUACGUUACAGUGGAUAUUUUGGGGGUGUUACUGCCCUAAGCAGAGAGCAAUUUUUCAAGGUGAAUGGAUUCUCUAACAACUACUGGGGAUGGGGAGGCGAAGACGAUGACCUCAGACUCAGGGUUGAGCUCCAUAGGAUGAAAAUAUCCCGGCCAAUUCCUGAAGUGGGUAAAUAUACAAUGAUCUUCCACACCAGAGACAGAGGCAAUGAGGUCAAUAUAGAACGGAUGAAGCUCUUACAUCAGGUAUCCCGAGUGUGGAAAACAGAUGGGUUGGCUAGUUGUUCCUAUAAAUUACUGUCCGUGGUAUACAAACCUUUAUAUAUCAACAUCACAGUGGACUUCUGGUCUAGUGCAUGACCCUGCAUCGUUUGGUGACAUUUGGGAGAACUGAUUACGUGAUUGCAAUAGUUUUGGCCUAGAGACAUCUCUAGUAGCACACAUUCAGAACCUGUUGCAGCUAAUUAUCGGGCUGAAUUUUUCCUUUUUAUAUUUUCUUAGCAGAUAUGGAAUGUAAAAUAUUUAGAACAAGACAGCUUUCUUAGUUGUUUUGAUUGUGAGGGUUACAUCUUGUGACGUGGAUACUUAAAGGACUAAAUGUAGAAGGCAGACACAAAAGAUAUAAUGAAGGCCAUGUGAGAACUCUGGUUGGAGGAGAUUUAUUUACAUUUGAAGCGACAUAUUAGGGAGGGUGAAAGCCUACAGGAAAUAAGAAUACCUAAUGUCUCAGAGAACCAGAAUUGUUCUCGCCCAAGAAAGCAAGGUACGAAAAUGUGUUCCUGUUACUUGUUUAUCCUGCGUGGUUGUCUCUGAAGCUUUGGGGCCAGAAGAGAAGUUGGCUACGAAAGAGGAGAGAAAAGGCAAAGAAUCAAGACGAGGUGAACUUGGGAAUGAAGGGGUGGCAGGAGGUGGUGGGGGUGAAGAGCAGCAGCUGCGUGCGGUUGCAGCCUCCCAGCAGUAGCCCGGCAGAGAACACAUUAUCUACUAGUUUUUAAGCACUUUUGUAAAAUGAUUUUGUACACGUAGGAUAUGAAUUAGCAAUUUCCAAAUUACGUCUUAACUAGUAAUACCUCUAUAAAAUACCUCUCUAAUAAAAUAUGAAAAAGC